AUGAGGCGGCUGGUGUCCGUCAGGAACCGCGUGCCGCACUUCGGCUCGGAAUCGCUUCGAUGGCCUCGCAGAGCAGUGACAGCGACCGCCGCCCCGAGCCCGAUGCACCAGGAGCCAGCGACACUCAUGGAACCUCGAGGCGCUGUUGCUGAGAGCCUGGGUGCCGCUGACCUCAUCAAGGUUCCAGAGAUGAGCUCCAGCCGACUGCGGAAGAUUUCCCAGGCAGCCGCAGCGGAAGGGGCAUCUUUGGAUCUUUGGAACGCUGUGGCCAAGCGCUGCGAGGAGACUGCCGACAGCUUGAACUACUGGGAUGCUGUUCACAUCCUCCAGUCUUUCACAGAAGCGAGUGUGGCCAACGAGUCCCUUCUCCUAUGCCUCGCUGAAGCUUUGAGUGCCAAGACCUCCAAGAUGGCGACGAAGCAUGUCCUGGACCUUUUGGCCGUCUAUGAGGCAGCAGAUCUGCGCCCGCGUGCCUUGUACGUAGAGCUGCUCCACAGCAUCGUCCGGCUCUCGAGGUCGAUGUACGCAGAGGAGGUGGCCUUAACACUUCAAGCACUGGCACGCUAUAAUAUUGGCAAUCCAACGGUGAUUGCUCAGUUGAUGCGAACUGUGGCGAGCGAGAUUAAGGAGUUCAGGUUGCGAUAUCUCUGCGCAACCACCGGUGCUUUGGGUGUGCUGCGAGCUUGUCCACCGGAGCUCUUGAAGAUGCUCAACCAACGUGCACGUUUCGAGGUGGAUACCAUCAAUGUGCAGGAGCUUCUGGAUAACAUCCAGGCCUUUCCGCAGUUGGAGUACUCCUGGCAGCCGUAUGAGGACCUUUGCCUCGAGGAGUUCAUGGCGCGUGUCGCAAAGUUCCGCACGGCCGAAGAUGUAGAUCAACUGGUGGAUCCAUUUGAAGGAUUGCUCUUCUUGCACUCCAGAAAUAAGCUUGAUGCUGGCUACCUUCGAGCGCUCUGCCAGUGGUCGUUGAAGGGUGUGCACCGACCCAACGUACGCUCGGAGCGGCGGCCGACAUCUAAACAACUGGUGAUGCUCUAUGAUUUCUGCUUCGAGCAUGGCAUUGAGGAGGAGCCUGCGUUACAAGAUACUUUGGCAUACUUUAUUGAAUCUGGAGGCGGUAUUUGGCCCGAGCGCUAUGCUGAGCCGUUGAGAUAUAAGAAAAAACGCAAAUACAUCCGUACCGAUGAUCCCCUGAAGGAUGUGGAGUUGCCACCGCUGGACGAGGAUGGAGUGGUCGUGGCGGAGGAGGUCAAGACUUCGAGAGCUGAAUCGAUCUACGGCGAGGAGUGGGAAAGCCGAAAGCCGCUAAGUGCUAGCGUCUUUGCUAUGUAUCCGGUCUACAACAACGAAAUGGAGCACUUGGAAUGCUGUGACGACGAAGAGAAGUUCGAGAAGCUGUGCUACAAGAAGUUUGGGAGAAAGACACCGAUCUUGCUCGACACGCUGAAUGAGUCGCAGGUGCAAGACAUACUUCGGAAUCUGUCUGAGGAUGAUACCAACUGGUACUUUGUGCCUCUACUUGAAGAAAGUGACACGGAUUUAUCAAGAUAUUCGCCACAGGUGAAGCGGCAGCUGGGAAAACUUGGCUCCUACAUCUAUGGUCCCAGCACGAUCUACAGUGGUCACUGCCCUGCUUAUGGCGAACACGAGAACGCCACCCAACGCCACCACGAAGGCAUGAAAGACAUGAUUGAGUCACGUUUCGGAUGGCUUCUGGACACAGUGCGGAGGAAGCUGGCAGAGGAGGUCUCAGAUCCUGUGGAAUGGAUGUCAUAUCCAUAUAUCAAGAUGCACCGGGGUGAUUCCUUGGACGCUUUGCCCUCCGAGUUUCGAGACUUGGCGCUGAAAGUGGCGCCGCCCCACCGUGACCAGCAAUUCAUGUCCUACGUCCCCAAAGAGCAGCAGCCCUUUGCGCAGACUUUGACCUUCACACUGCCCAUCCAAGUGCCCAGUGGUGGUGCAGGUUUGCGCUGCUUCGAUGCUUUUCUGGACAAGCCCAGCGGGAAGCUGCUCAGCCAACAGGGCCAAGAGCUUCCAAGAACUGGACAAGCAUAUCAGCAGCUCGUGAGCCACUUGCCCUAUGAAGAUGUCGUUUACCUUCCUGGGCGGAUGCUACUUUUCUCCGGGGACCAGCUACACGCAGUAAGUCCAUACAAGAAUCCUAUCUCCUCGGAUCGGCGCAUUGUGCUACAAGGACAUGGGAUCUUCCAGGAAGGUGGCCUCUCUGCAAGCUUUACUCGUCCCUUUGCUGGGGAGCAACAGGUGAGAUUUUGUAGCUGA